AUGGUCAUCGAUUUCGCCGAAAACCCAUGCCCUCUGCUGAAGUGCCUCGCGCCUUCGGGGACUGCGCCCCAGGCACGUGUAGCCGCAAUGAGUAUCGUGCGACAAUUAAAGGAAAACAAAACCGCGAAAAACCCGGACGACCUUGCCAGGACCCUCGAAAAGUGGCGGCACAAUGGUGGAAUCGUAAUUAAAACAGACGGCAAAAAGGACGGGCAGGCCUUAUUCUCAUCCGGAAAACCUUGGGCCAGGUGGGGCCAGGUCUUUGGGUGCUUAGACGCAAUUGGGUUCGUGCAUUGUGUGCCCG